CCGAAUUCGGAAAAAUAUUUUUUCUACGGAUGGAAUUAUUUUAUUUUGUAAAGUAUGUGAAACGAAGGUAGGUGUUGAUAGGCGAUUUAUUGUCGUACAACAUUUAAAAACAGAAAAACAUAAAUUAGCAGUGAAGCGCCAAGAAGAUCGGAUUAAUAGUACCUCACAACAGUCACAGCAGUUAGUAUUUACUUCAAUGCAUUCAAAAAAAAAGCACGUUUAACCAUGACUUGUGCGAAACAUUGUUGUCCGCCAAUAUCCCAUUAAAUAAAUUAAGCAACUGUAGUUUCAGAAAUUUUCUAACAAAAUAUACAGGAAAAGAAGUACCGCAUGAGUCCACUCUGCGUAAAGGUUAUGUUGAUGAAGUCUAUAAAAAUAUAAUAAACAAAAUUCGUAAUUACGUUGUUGGGAAAAAAAUAUGGGUUAGCAUUGAUGAAACGAAUGAUGCAACCGGUAGAUAUGUAGCAAAUGUCAUUGUAGGUACAUUGGAAGAAAAUAAUUACGGUAAACAAUUUCUGUUACACGUAGAAGAGUUGGAAAAAGUUAACCAUACGACGAUUUUCAAAUUAUUUGAUAAAUCGAUGAAUAUUCUGUGGCCGAAAGGAGUAAGACACGAUGAUGUGCUGUUGUUUUUGUCCGACAUUGCACCCUAUAUGGUAAAGUCCGGAGAUGCAAUAAAAAAUCUAUAUUCAAAAAUUAUUCAUGUAACAUGUUUGGCACAUGCCUUUCAUAGAGUAGCUGAAACAGUACGUAUAAAUAACCCUAAAAUUGAUAAAAUUAUUUCAAAUGUAAAGAAAGUGUUUCGUAAAGCCCCGUCUCGCAUUCAAGUUUUUCAAAAUAUGGCUCCAACAUUAACACUCCCACCUGAACCAAUUUUAACGAGAUGGGGUACAUGGAUUGAAGCUUGUCUCUAUUAUUGUGAACAUUUUGAAUUAAUAAUCAAUUUUAAACUCUUUCGAAGAAAAUGAUGCGGUCUCUAUUAAAAUGGCACAAAAGUAUAUUGGACAAAAAAACAUUAAAAAUCAAUUAGUGUUUAUUAAAUCAAAUUUUGCAUAUUUGCCUAACACAAUAAGGAGUCUUGAAAAGCAAGGACUAUCACUUGCUAACUCUAUUUCAUUAGAAGAGGAUGCAAGGUUAAGAUUAACCCAAAUACACGGUGAACAAGGAAUGUCGAUAAAAACAAAAAUAGAAAAUGUGUUAAAUAAAAAUAAAGGCUAUCAAUUAUUAAUAAAAAUUUCAAACAUUUUGUCGGGAGAUGAAGAAACUUUUGACGGAUUACCUGAAGAUAUGAACAUUAACGAUUUAAUAUAUUUUAAGUACGCACCAAUCACUUCCGUGGACGUUGAACGUUCUUUCUCUAUGUACAAAAAUAUACUUACAGAUAAUCGCCGUGCAUUCAAAUUUGAGAACAUAAGAAAAUAUCUUACCAUACAGUGCAAUAAUUUUAACGAUGAGUAUGAAGACGAUACAGACGAGGGAUGAGUAACCCAUGUAAAAAUUAUUUUUAUUAUAUUAAGUACCU